AUGGAAGAUGUAGACUUUAAUUUAACUGCUAAAAAUAGAGACAGAUUUACACAGAAUCUUAAUACAUUUAAGAGAGAGUUGACUAACGGCAAUGUUAUAUUGGUUCCUCCGCCAAUGGAUGCCAAGACGAAUAU